AUAAUUGAAUGUUUAAAUCAAUGGCGGCACGCUAUCGCAAGACGAUGAUGAUUUAGGAAACGGAAUUAAACCUGGAGAUAACAAUUUGAGCUGUCACAGGUCGGCUAAACAACAAUCAUGGGAGUGGCUGAAGACCUGAAAAGGACCAACAAGGGACUGCUUCGGUAUAAGCGCGAGCUGAGCUCGGAGCUCGUGCAGAAACUGACAGAAGAGGUAUCUGCCCCUCCUAAGUUGUAUAUCUACCACCCGGAAAACACAUCCUACAGAAGAGAAGGCAAGGUUGUGCCAAGCCUACAAAGUCCAGAUGAGAAGCAAGACAAAGGCAAAGAUGAAGCAGAGGACCUGGAUGUGUCAGCAUCCUCCAGUAAAACUGUUAAUGGGGUGGGGGACAGCACCAAGCAGGACAGGCCUCUGCCGGCCAGCAUCAAGCUGUAUACAUCACCUCCUGUGUCCCCGGACUAUGGACGCACCAGUUUACAGAUCCGCCACUACGAAGUCAUGUGUGACAACAAGGCUAAGGGUCUGAUUGAAGCCAAGAGGAAGGAGUUUGAGAGGAAGGACCAAGAGCUGCAGCUGAUGGUGGAGGAGAAGGCCAACCAGCUGGAGGAGAAGCAGCGGGAGGAUAUGAGGAAGCUGUACGAGCAGACAUCCAGAUUACAGCAGAAGGAGAAAGCCGAGACAAGCAAGAGGAUUCAGCAGAUGAGAGACAGCCAUCGAACGAGGAAAAAGAUCCAAGAUGACAAACUGCUUGAAGGAGAGAGGAAGAAGCUGCAACUGCAGGAAGAAGAAAGGAGAAGGAAUGAACAAGAAAAGAAGCAUGCAGUGUUGCAGUUUUAUUCAAGGAUUAAACAAACCCAUGACAACCUGACAAGCUUGUUCGACAACUGUAAAUACAAGCAGCACCUGCCGGAGUCAGCCCACACCCCCAAGCAGGUGUGUGUGCAGAUCCUGGCCAAGGCCGACGCCAUGAUGAAGAAGGGGGGCCUGGCGCCGGAGGACCUGCAGGGGAUGAAGAACUUGAUGGAGUACUCAAAGAACACUUACGACUUCAUGGUGAAGCACCUAGAGGAGGCCACAAGGAAAGGCAAGGCAGAGGAAGUCGAGCUGGCCAAACAGCAGCAACAGCAGCAACAGCAGCAGCAACAACAGCAGGCACAGCAGGCACAGCAGAAGGCAGCGGCCGAAGCAGCUCAGGCUGCGGCUGCACCAACGCCCGGUGUUCCAGCAACUCCAGGCACUCCAUCAGCAGUUGCACGGAGACAGAGUGUUAUUGAUGAGGUGGUGACAGAGUAUGAGCUGUACAAGGCCAAGCUAGAUGAUGUGCUGAAGUCCCUUGCUGCAUUUACAGCUAAUACACAGAUGAAGAAGUAUCGGUUUGAGCUGCAGAAAUCCGUGAACACCCCCAUCAAUUCCAUCGCCCCGGUCGAUGGCUCCAACCUGAGGGACAAGCUGCAGAAACUCAUCCACCUGCUCGGGGGACAUCAGAUCGAGGGCAAACAUGUCUCUGCUAAAGAUACACCAGAGGGAAUCUCCUUCUGUAAAAACCUCAUAGCCAGAAUGUUUGUGAAAAAGGGAGAAGAGCAGGUCUCUUCUAAACAUGAAUCAGCAUUUGCGAUCGCCAUGGUAGCAGCAGGACUGUGGUUAGAACACAGUGAUGUAGGGGACCUGAUGUUGGCCCACUUCCACAGCUUCUGUCCCUACAUUGUGCCGCUCUACAUACCCAAAGACAGCAGCAUGUCGUCCCAGGACUACCACAGAAUGCUAGGUUACAAAGUUGAUUCCAACGGAACCAUAGAAGCUCAGGACAAGUUCCUGAAGAGGAUGUCUGGCAUUAUGCGACUGUAUGCCGCGAUUCUUGUCUCGUCUCCACCAAGAUCAAAUGCUGUUCACCCGCACGGCAUAGAGCACGCCUGGAUCUGGUUGUCGCGAGUUCUGAACAUGGACCCUCAACCUGACAUUACAGCGACCUUGACCUAUGACAUGCUACAGGUGGCAGGUCAUACACUGUUCAGUGCGUACAAGGUUCAGUUUGUGAAGCUGCUGUUCCUUCUCUACAAAGAGUUCUUGCCCAAGUUGAGAAGUGUGUCCGUGGCUGGUGGGCCGGUAGCAAGGCUGGAGCAGUUCCUUGAACAAACAUUGAACAAGUUUAAGAUGAAGCAGAUGAUGCCACAUCCAGAUGGGUAUCUCGCACAAAACUUUUGGUUUUCUUGAUGACAGAAUAUAUAGGUGUCACUCCUGGCCGUACUUUGAGCUUCAUGCAUGCAGGUGUGCUGGCUAAAGAGGUGCAAGUUUGAUACUGGAUUGUGGAAAAUCUACAAGCGUGGCAAAUAUUUCAAUUACAUUUUAUUAAUUAACUCUUGAACAUGACGAUCACAGAGAUAUAUCUAAGCCUGCUAAGAGACCAAUAUUCGGCCCCAGGUCAGAAGUAAAUGUCGGUAAAAAUUCCCGAAUUGGAAUAACAAAUUUCCCAAUUCAAGUUAUAUAUUAAUAACUGAUGUUAUGGCUUUGUUCAGGUGACGUGUAUAUUACACAAAACAAAACAGAAAUUACCCUAAUUGUCUUCCAAGUGCACCUAUCUUAGAAUCCGGGGUAAGACUCUUCUUACUGAAAUACUUCCGUUUAGCCCAGUUUUUUAACAUUUAGAUGAGUCUGUUUGAGCAAGAUAUUUUCACAUGAAAUGGGGUUUUCCCCUAGUUAUUAGGCAGGUAGGUAAUGACUAAUGAAACGAGUCUAUGGGCCGAUGAAAAUACAUGUAUGACCAAUUGAAAUAUCACUAGUUGAAAUUGAUACAGCUACACUAUUGACAAAAUGAAAUGAAAAAGGCCUGAUAGUUAUUGCCUCUGCAUAUUUUUGUUCUAUAGUAUCUAUUGUUUGUUCUAUAGUAUCUAUUGUUUGUUCUAUAGUAUCUAUUGUUUGUUCUAUCCAAAAUACGCCUGAACAGACAUGGUACCCAUUCUUAAUGUUGGGAGUAGACAAUCCCUAUUAGCCCACUGUAAAGGGGAGGGAGGGAGGCAGUCAUCUAAGGCGCCACAAUUCGCUGCACAGAGUUGCCUCCCUUGGCACGCCAGAAACCUAUGAUAUGGGUUCAAAUCCCUAGUCGCCCUGAUAAUGUUUCUAGGUU